GGUAAAGGCAUAUUCAUGAUUCAAAGUGACUACCUUAGGACGUGCAUUUCCUCUGGCAAAAAUGGACUGGUUCUGCAGGACUGCCACCAGCCAACAAAGAAUAUGCUAUGGAAAUGGGUCUCUAAACGUCACCUCUUCAACUUAGGCAGCAGUGGCUGCUUGGGCUUGAACAUCAGUAAUGAAGAACAGCCGCUAGGCCUUUAUGAAUGUGACUCUCCUCAUUCUUCCCUUUGGUGGCACUGUAACAGAAAGGUGGUGGUUGGUGCCUCCCAGUACGCCCUGGAGAUUAAGAAUUACAAUCUUGUUGUUGCCAGGAGGCAAUCAUCCCAUGAGUGGGUGCAAUACCUAUCAGAUGGAGAUGACAUUUGUGAGCAUCCAUUUCAAGAAUUAUAUACUAUUCAAGGAAAUUCACAGGGAAGACCUUGUGUUUUUCCAUUUCGAUACAACAAUCAGUGGUUCUAUGAAUGCACUAAGGAGGGCAGGAAAGAUGGACUUCUCUGGUGUGCCACCACAAGUCAGUAUGAGAAAGAUCAGACAUGGGGAUUUUGCCCAAAUCCUGAAAUAGGUUGUAAAGUUUUUUGGGAGAAAGACCCAGACACAAACAUUUGCUAUCAAUUCAAUCUUAACUCAUUUCUCUCUUGGAAUGAGGCACGUUCUUCAUGUAAGAUGCAAGGAGGUGAUUUACUAAGUAUCACCCACUGGAAAGAAGAAAAUUUCAUACAGAAAUUUCUUAGUGUUAAAGAAGUUAAGAAAGUGUGGAUAGGCUUAAACCAGCUGGAUGAAGUAAAUGGCUGGCAGUGGUCAGAUGGAACACCCCUCAUACAUCUGAACUGGGAUCCAGAUGUAAAUUUUGACCCCUUUGUUCAAUAUCACUGUGGAACAUUCAAUUCACUGCUGUGGGAUAGCUGGCAAAAUCAUGACUGUGAAUCUCCACUGCCUUAUGUAUGUAAAAAACAUUUAAACCAUACCAAACGUGAAUUACUUGCUGAAAAAAAUACCUGGAAAUAUUAUCCUACCCACUGUGAGCCUAGCUGGCACCCUUAUAAUGGCAACUGCUACCGACUCCAGAAAGAAGAAAAGAACUGGACAGCUGCUUUGCACUCUUGCCAGUCUAUUAAGAGCAAACUAAUAAAUAUGGCCUCAUUAGCAGAGGUGGAAUUCCUUGUAAAUCUUCUUAAAGAUGAAAAUGUGUCUGAAACUUGGAUUGGCUUGAGCAGUGGGAGGAAUCCAGUUUUCUUUGACUGGUCUGGUGGCUCCUCCGCUACCUUCACAUUAUGGCACAAACAGCAGCCCAAUACUUUCCCAAAUGGAAGCAGGCUCUGUGUUUCAGCAGACAAAACUGGUGGACACUGGAAAGUCAGAAACUGUGAGGAAACAUUAUUUUACAUUUGUAAAAAUGCAGGGAAAGUACUUUCUGAAGCUAAAUCAGGAUGCCAAGAGGGAUGGGAAAGACAUGGUGGAUUUUGUUACAAAAUUGACCUUAUCCGUCGAAGUUUUGACCAGGCAUCCCGUGGCUAUUACUGUCCUCCUUCACUUGUAACAGUAACCAACAGGUUUGAACAGGCAUUUAUCACCAAUAUGAUCAGCAGUGUGGUAAAAACUGAGGACAGUUACUUUUGGAUAGCUCUUCAAGACCAAAACGUGACAGGGGAAUACACCUGGAAAGUAAGAGGGCAGGAAUAUCAGCCAGUGCAGUACACCAACUGGAAUAAAUAUCAGCCACGCUAUAAUGGAGGCUGCGUUGUUAUGCGAGGAGGGAACCCUCCUGGGCUCUGGGAAGUGAAAGACUGCCAAAGAUUCCGAGCCAUGUCCCUGUGCAAGCAACCACUCAAUCCACAUCCAGAAACACAGCGGGAAAAGAUAUGGCCUUUUGAACCUUGCUUUCUAGGCUGGGAAUCAAAGCCCAAUCUCCCAAGCUGCUACAAGGUGUUCCAUAGUGAGAAAGUCCUCAUGAAAAGAACCUGGAGUGAAGCUGAAGCACUUUGUGAAGAUUUCGGAGCCCAUCUCGCAAGCUUCUCCCAUAUUGAUGAAGAGGAUUUUGUGAAUGAAAUGGUACUCUCAAAAUUUAAUCGGACAGAAGAAAGGCAGUUCUGGAUUGGAUUUAAUAAAAGAAAUCCAUUAUCCGGAGGAUCAUGGGAGUGGUCUGAUGGAACUCCAGUCAUCUCUUCAUUUUUAGAUGACAUGUAUAUUGGAGAAGAUGCUAGAAAUUGUGCCAUAUACCAAACAAAUAAAACUGUUUUGCCACUGCGCUGUGGUUCCAAGCGAGAAUGGAUAUGUAAACUACCAAAAGAUGUGAGACCGAUGAUUCCCAAAUGGUACCAAUAUGAUGGUCCAUGGUUAUUUCAUCAUGGAACUGAAUACCUUUUCCAUACCAGUGCUACUGAAUGGGCCAAUUUUGAGUUGGUUUGCCAGUUGCUCGACAGUAAUUUACUCACAAUUCAUUCGGCUGAGGAACAGGAAUUUGUCCAGAACAAAAUAAAAACGCUAUCGAAAAGUGAUGUAAAUUGGUGGAUGGGACUGCACAAAAUGGGACCUAAUGAUGGAUUCUGCUGGAAAGAUGGUUCACCAUUAAUAUUCCAAAACUGGGACAAAGGAAGAGAAAGAUCUGGACAGAAUCAGAGACAGAGAUGUGGCUUCAUUUCAUCAGAAACAGGGCUUUGGGGUGAUGAUGAUUGCUCUGUUGCUAUGCCUAGCAUUUGUAAGCGUAAGAAAAUCUGGAUCACAGAGAAAGAUUUAUCAGAGCAACCACAUGGCCUGUGUCCCAAAGGAUGGCUGUAUUUUGGAUCUAAGUGUUUUCUGGUGGAAAUUCCGAAGGAUCCAAGCAAGCUGAAGAGUUGGAAGUCUGCUCAGGAUUCCUGUGCUGAAGAAGACGGGGUUCUAGCAUCCAUUGAAAAUGAAGUAGAACAAGCUUUCAUUACUAUGAAUCUUUUUGGACAGAAGGCUAAUGUUUGGAUAGGUUUACAGAACAGUGAUUAUGAAGAAUGGCUAAAUGGAAAGCAUGUAGCAUAUUCUAAUUGGUUGCCAGUUGACAUAAUAAAUAGUCAGAGUCUAAAUACUACCAAAUUACGAGAACAAGUUCAUCUCUGUGCUCUCCUAUCAAGUAACCCUAAUUUUCAUUUUACGGGGAAAUGGUACUUAGAAGACUGUGGAAAAGAAAGUUAUGGCUACAUCUGCGAAAAAAUGCAGGAUACAUCCAAGCAUAACACAAAUGCAUCCACUAUGUACCCAACAUCCAGCACCUUACAAUAUGGAAACAGAACUUUCAAAGUUAUUGGUGGAAAUAUGACCUGGUAUAUGGCUUUAGACAUCUGUGCAGCAAAUGGAGCAGAAUUGGUCAGCAUUACAGAUCAAUUUCGUCAAUCUUUUCUCACUGUUCUUGUUAACCAACUUGGACAUGCCCAUUGGAUUGGACUGUUUACCUCAGAUAAUGGUCUUAAUUUUGAGUGGUCAGAUGGUACCAAGUCCUCAUUUGCUUACUGGGAAGAUGAAUCUCCAUCUUUGGGUGGCUGUACUUUGGUGGAUAUCAAUGGAGGCUGGAAAAGUGCUGACUGUGAAACACUUCUGCAAGGAGCAGUCUGCCAUGUGCCAACUGAAACAAGUCUAAGUGAAUUCAAAGGGCUCUGCUCAGAAACAUCUUUUCCCUGGGUGAAACUUAAAAAUAAUUGCUACAGUUUCUCCACAGUCCUACAAAGUAUGAGUUUUGAUGCUGCACAAAAAUUUUGCAAAGGGCAAGGAUCCAAUCUAUUAACUAUUAAAGAAGAGGUGGAAAACUCAUUCCUCUUAGAAGAGCUCCAUGCCUAUCAUUCCUCUGUCCCGAUGGUCUGGCUGAAUGCUCAAUUUGAUAGUAACAAUGGAACCAUCACAUGGUUUGAUGGUUCUCCUGCAGAACUCUCAAACUGGGGUAUAAGGGAACCGGACUUAGAUCGUUUCAAGACUCAGCUUUGCAUUGCUAUGAAUACCAAAGAUGCUGUGUGGCAGUUAUGUCCAUGCACAGAAAAAAAAGGAUUCAUAUGUAAAAUGGAGACAGAUGCUAAUGACCUAAACAUUUGGGCUGGAAAAGCACCGAGCCAUGGUUUCAUACCCCUUGCAGUGACAGUAACACUGAUUGUAAUUUUGGGUUUUUCCACAUUCUCCUUCUGCCUGUACAAGUUAAACAGUCGUCUCUUCAGAAGAUUUUCAGCUUUCAGAAUUACCUAUUACACAUCAACAAACUCUGGAAUUGCACCUUUGGAAGAAAACAUCCUCAUUUCUGACCUUGAGAGAUAUGAUUAAUAAUUAUGAAACAAUGCGGACCUUUUAGUAAAAAGGAUAUUAAAAGUUCCAUCUUCUAGUUCAUUUUACAAAGUGAAUACCAUAAUGAUUAAAAUUUGUUAAAUAUUUAAUUAGCUCUUUAUCGGUCAAUGUAUUUAAACUGUAAUUAAUUUCAGGCUCUUUUUCCAACCUUAUUAUUCCAAUUAUUUGAUCAUUUGAAAAAGGAACUGAAAGGGAGACUGGAAACUCCCAAAAGAAUUUCCAGUACAGCAUGUAGAGAAAUUCCUUGGUGCAGGAGGGCUUGAAAAUGAAUGUUUUUCAAAAUUGACCAAAGUUUAUGUGGCAAGAUUCAAAUUAGCAUGAGACAUUUUCUGAGAAAAAAUUUCAAGUUUUCUUGCAUUUAAAUAUAUCUAUGGAAAUAUAUUAAA